UGGUGGAUGGGCGGAGCGGCGCAGGGACGACAAGGCGCAGAGAGAUAAACCCACUCUGAAACCACCAGGGUCGGGGAUUAAAAUAGUCAAAAGCCGCCGUCCCGCUUCCACCGAACACUGUUUAUAUUUCACCACUUCAUCAAAGAGAGGGAGGCCAGCCCAGGAUGAACGGCGAGUCAGGUGCCGGGGUGGUGACGGCCCCCCCUCCCACCACAGCCCCCCACAAGGAGCGGUACUUCGACCGGGUGGAUGAGAGCAGUCCGGAGUACCAGAGGGAGAGAAACAUGGCACCCGACCUGCGGCAGGACUUCAACAUGAUGGAGCAGAGGAAGAGGGUCUCCAUGAUACUACAGAGCCCGGCAUUCUGCGAUGAGCUGGAGACAAUGAUCCAGGAUCAGCUGAAGAAGGGAAAGACGCCCACUAGCCUGUUGGCUCUGCAGCAGAUCGCAGACUUCAUGACCACCAGCAUGCCUUCCAUGUAUCCCGCUGCACCACAAGGAGGCAUGGCGGCGCUCAACAUGAGUUUGGGCAUGGUGACUCCAGUGAAUGAUCUGCGUGGCUCAGACUCCAUUUCCUACGACAAAGGCGAGAAGCUGCUUCGCUGCAAGCUGGCUGCCUUUUAUCGGCUCGCAGACUUGUUCGGCUGGUCGGAGCUCAUCUACAACCACCUCACAGUCAGGGUGAACUCAGACCAGGAGCGCUUCCUCAUUGUCCCUUUUGGCCUCCUGUACAGUGAAGUCACCGCCUCCAGUCUGGUGAAGAUAAACCUUCAAGGUGAGAUAGUGGACCGGGGCAGCACCAAUCUCGGGGUGAACCAGGCCGGCUUCACACUCCACUCUGCCAUCUACGCUGCACGACCUGAUGUUAAGUGUAUCGUACAUGUACACACACCCGCGGGUGCUGCGGUGUCAGCCAUGAAAUGUGGUCUGUUGCCCAUCUCACCCGAGGCACUGUCCCUAGGUGAGGUGGCCUACCACGACUACCACGGCAUUCUGGUGGAUGAGGAAGAAAGUACUCUCAUACAGAGGAACCUGGGGCCUAACAGCAAGGUGCUCAUCCUAAGGAACCAUGGCUUGGUGUCCGUUGGUGAAACAGUGGAAGAAGCUUUCUAUUACAUCCACAAUUUGGUCACCGCCUGUGAGAUCCAGGUGCGAACACUGGCCAGCGCUGGAGGGCCAGAUAAUCUGGUGAUGCUGGACCCGGGGAAAUACAAGGCACGUUCACGGGUCCCGGAGCCAGCCGGCGACGGGUCCUCCACAUACCCCAAGUGGCAAGUCGGGGAGCAGGAGUUUGAGGCUCUCAUGAGAAUGCUCGACAACUUGGGCUACAGGACGGGCUACCCUUACCGCUGCCCGUCAUUGCGAGACAAAGCUAAAAAGUACAGUGACGUGGAGAUCGCUUCCUCAGCCCACGGUGGUUACUCGUACGGCGAGGACAGUGACUCAGGUGCUCGCUCCCCGCUGAAACACAGCUUCCAGCGCGGCCAGCGUGACAAGACCCGCUGGCUCAAUGCCGGCGGCCGGCCCGACGAGCCCUGCGAGGAUGGGCCCGACGGCAGCAGCCCCAAGUCGAAGCCUAAGUGGACAAAAGAAGACGGACUCCGCCAGGCUGCUGUAGCCAAUCAGUUCAUCCCAAUGAACACCAACCCUAAAGACGUCCUGGAAAUGAGGAAUAAGAUCCGGGAGCAGAACCUGCAGGACAUAAAGACAGCAGGGCCCCAGUCUCAGGUUCUGUGUGCUGGCACCAUGGUGGAACGUUCCUUUAACCAGGGGGAGCUAGUGACCGCGUCCAAGGCCAUCAUCGAAAAGGAGUACCAGCCCAAGGUUAUCGUCAGCAAGCAGGGUCCCAACCCCUUCACCAAACUCACCGACCAGGAGCUGGAGGAAUACCGCAAGGAGGUGGAGCAGAAACAGAAAGGGCCUGAAGUGCAGGAACGAGGCGAUAGUAGGGAGGGGUCAGCCUCCAGCGUACCCUGUCUGGAGCCUGAAACGCUACCGGAGGGUCAAGCCUCUGUCUCCGCACCUCUACAGUCUGCAAAUGACUCACCCAGCUUAGAGAAAGCCCUGCAUCCAACUGCCCCACCCGUCACACCCGCCACACCGGCCUCUGAGCAGGGCUCUGCUGAGGGGGUCGUGGAUGACGUUUUUUCCACCACGGAUGAGCCUCUUUCAGCUCCAGAUUCCCCACAAAAGGAGUUCCACUGCGCUGUGCUGCGAGCCCUCAGCAAGGAGCCAUCAGUUAUAGAGGCGGCAGAGGCGGCUAAGGCAGAUCAGGCUCCAGACCCGGAGGAGUUAGUAGAGCCCGAGGAAGAGUCCAAAGGCGAGAAACCAAUCACCACACCACCCAGCACCCCAGUCAGAGCAGAGGAAGAGUCCUUGCCAGAACAAACCUAUAAGGACGAGAGUGACGCAGCCACCCUGAGACAGACCCUUCCAGAUUUAACACCUGAUGACCCCUCCGAUGCCCCAGCACUUCCUGCCGAAGAGCCCGCCUCUGCCCCUGCCGCCCCAGAUGCAGACGCAGCUGAGGCGGAGGAACCCGCUGACGCCGGCGACCAGGAGGGUGAAGAGUCUCCCAGCAAAUCUCCCUCCAAAAAGAAGAAGAAGUUCCGCACUCCUUCCUUCCUGAAGAAAAACAAAAAAAAGACAGAUUCCUAGAAUGGUUGGAUCGGUCCUCAAGGCUGGCCUCUGCCUCUUUUCAUUUUCGCUUUUUGUCUGCUAUCAUUGCACCCUUCGAGCAAGCCACAGUUACAUACAGUUAUGCUUUUUGUUGUUUUGAUAUCAUUUGUCGCUGGCUUAUU